GCAAACCCCCCUCCUCCACAGUCCACACUAUAUGCCAAAUGCUACAGCAGUCACCUCUUUAGGGUUUAUCAUAAAACCCCUUGGAAUUGAACGCUUCUAAUAAUUUCGUUUCUCUCACUGCGUCUCCUCUAGGAAGUAAGCGAGAGAGAUUCCAUGGCGUCUCUCGUUUCUUCGCUGUCGAACAGCUUCCGGCAAGUCCCGCAGGCAGGCAUUCCGGCGAUGUUGGAUUGCAUUUUGGCCGCAACCGCCUCAUCUCCAUCUUCACUUUUUGCUUUGCUCCUCGACGCUUUCCAUGAUCUCACCAAGGACAUUGCCAAGGAUGGAAAGAAAUUGGAUUCGGAUCAGUGUAAUCAUGUUUCUUCUUUUGUGUGUGGAGUCUGUCAUCUUCUGGAGAAAUCUGGGGUUAAUUCUGAUGCUUUCCAAUCAUUUACUUGGAAAUGUUUUAUUCCACUGAUGAAGAUUGUACAUGCAUGUGAUCGUGAAAUGCUUAACCAGACGACAGAAUCAUUUGUUGAUGUUGUGAUAAAAACGAACUCCUGGGGGGUCCUGGAGGAAACCUUGGUGCCAUUUUUGAUAAGAUCCGUUGGUCUUUCUAUGGGUAUGCUUCAAAAUGAAGAAUCUGCUAUCUACCAAUGGACUGGGAGCUCAGUUUCCCAGGUUUCUAUUCAACAGCGAAAUUAUUCAGAUAUGAUUGAAGAAUCCAUGUUCCCUCUCUCCUUGCCAAUAUCAUGUCAUAUUCUUACCUCAAUACUAGAUGCUGCCCUGCAAAGUCACCCAGAGGCUCCAACCACAAAUUUGAUCUUGGCAAAUGAAUGUUGUUAUGCAGAAAAUUUUGCUGGGCAUUUGCUUUGGGAUAUCUGUAAUAUUUCUGUUCAAUUGCUUUCACAAAGUUGGGAACAUCGAUCCUGUACGAUUAGCUUCUUACUACCGUUAAUUUUUAAAGCAUUCGUGUCCCACAAGACCUUUGAAAUCUCAGCUCAUGGGAAGACAUAUGUACUUUCCAGGGCAUGUUUUCUAAAGGAAAUUUGGAGUUGCUGCAAAGCAUUGUUUUCUCUUGGCACUUUAGAGAGAAGAGAUGCCUAUACUGUACUCUCUCUGUAUUUGUCUUAUUUCUCUUCUACAGAAGGAUGUGAAGAUGUCAAUGCAAGUGAUAAAGCAAAAGAAUUUGAUAUAAGAGCUGAAAGUGAAUUUUGGGGUGAAAUAAAAAGAGGCUUGGUUGACAAGGAAGGCCUAGUAAGAAAGCAGUCACUACACAUAUUGAAGACAAUACUAGAUGUAAAUGAAGGAAGCCAGUGCUACCCUGGUGUUCCAGAGAAGGUAUCACAUCAGAAAAAUUCAAGCCCUCGUGGUAUGACAAAGAGGGGGCGAUGGGCUGACAAGGAAGCCAAAUCAUUGGGUGUGGGGAAAAUUUGUCAGUCAGUUGAUCUCUUUUUGACUAGUCAGCAGCGGUGGCUGGCAUUCAUACUUCUUUAUGAAAUGCUGGAAGAGUAUGGUACUCACUUGGUUGAAGCAGCUUGGAAUCACCAGAUUACCUUGUUGCUUCAUUUUUCUUUCCCAAAUAACUCUGUCAACUCAUUGAAUGGGGAAAUUUUUCAAAAUCAAAUGAGUUCUUUGGAGGAAAUCUUUAAUUGGCUAUCCAUCUUGUGGGAACGGGGUCUCUGUCAUGACAAUCCUCAAGUCAGGUGCUUAAUCAUGCAGUCAUUUUUGGGAAUUGAGUGGAAGAAACACACAGAUUUUGCAAAGUCAGUGCCUGAAAGUUUUGUAUUUGGCUCAUUCAUGCAAGCAUUGAAUGACCCUGUGCACCACAAAGAUUUUGGUGUAAAAGGAGUUUACUCUUCAAGGACAAUUGAAGGUGCAACCCGGUUUUUACAACAAUAUACUAGUUACCUAAAUGCGAGGGGCCAAAUAGCAUUCUUGAGCAACUUGGCUUCUAUUGCUAAACAGCAGUCUUUUGGCCGGGCUGGAUUGAUGAGCCUUGCGGAAUGCAUUGCCUCAGCUGCUAAUGACUGUCAAACAGAAUGGCGUGAGGAUGCUGGCCCUAACAUAGUCCAAGAGGAAUCUGCUUCAGAAAGUGUUUCUCACAAUGAUAAAACAGUCUUACUGGAUGCUUUGAGAUUUGUUGUUGAGUGCAGCAAACAGCACUUCAAUCCUAAUUAUCGUCUUCGAGUUUGUGAGCGAGUCCUUGAGGCUGCUGCUUCUAUGGUGUGUACAUUUAACGUGCCUCUUGAAGUACUUUUGCACUUCAUUUCGGCACUGCCGAGGGAAUUUACUGAUUGUGGGGGUUCUUUACGAGUAAAAGUGCAUCAAUGGCUUUUGGGGUGUGGUAAGAAGCAUUGUGAUGCCGAUUGCUGCAUUACAAAGAUGAUGCUUUUAGAAAGUUUUUAUGACUUCCCUAAAAGGUUUAUAAGUUGCCAUCAGUUAGUUGAUGCUUUUGUUGCAUAUGAUGAUGAAGACUUAGAUGCAUGGGGUUAUGAAGCAAAAAGAUGGACAAGAGUGUUUUUUCUUGUAAUCAAGGAGGAACAAGACUUAGUACCUAUAUUGAAGUUCAUUCAAAUGUAUGGCACUAAGAUCUUCAGGGCGAUCAACAAUGUGGAGUGGGUAACCAUGAAGUUUCUCAUCUUUACCUUGAGCUUGGUUCAGGAGCUUCAAAUAAUGCAGGAGAGAACAGCAGACUGCAGUGUCAAAGUUAGAACCAAAUCAGAAUUUGGCUUUGCUGAGUCAAUAAAUCAAUUGAGUUCUUCAGAAGCUUCUAUUGCUACUGAGAAGUUUGUGAAUGUUUUUGUGUAUAUAUUGGAGGAGUUAGUCACAUAUGCCAACUUGUCUUGUUCUAUAUUCUGGUCUGGUGUUGCAACUGAGGAUGGAAAUCUUCCUUGUUCCAUUAAGGGAAAGCUUGGUGGCCCAAGUCAACGUCGGUUGCCGUUGUCUACCUCUACAUCUGUGCUGCAAGCUAUAAUGUCCAUGAAAACUGUAGCAUCUAUAUCAUCAUGGUGUGUGCAGUUGAAAAGUGAUGCCUCGCUCAAUCUCGCAUUCAAUUUUUUGUGGAAAUCCUUCUGGAAGAUUAUUUCAUGCACAACAUGUGAUUCAGAGAUUGGAGCAGAAAUUCACCUUGCAGCAUAUGAAGCAUUAGCUCCUGUUUUGAAAGCAGUAAUAUCUGUAUUCUCUCCUUUAGCCUUGGAUCUCAUUGGGGAGAAUGAUAAAUCAAUGCUACAAAAGGCAGAAGGCAAGCCCUUGUUAGAUUCCUUAGUUCUUACUUUUCUUCAGGACAUUAAUAGUCUCCUUGGAUUUGGAGCUUUGGCACGAACUCGACGGGCAAUUUUGAUGAAUUGGAAGUGGCACUGCCUAGAAUCUCUGCUGUCGAUUCCUUACUAUGCUCUUAAAAAUGGAGUUCAUUUAGAGCCAUGUGCAACUUUCUUCUCAGAUGCUGCUGCCCGAAGGAUUUUCUCGGAUCUUGUUGAGAGCCUUGAGAAUGCUGGGGAGGGUUCUGUUUUGCCCAUGCUGAGAUCGGUCAGAUUGGCCUUGGGGCUGUUUACUUCAGGAAAGUUGGGUUCAGUUGUGUCCUCUUGUCAUGGCGUGGAUGCCCAGAUGAUGUGGCAUUUAGUUCGUUCUUCUUGGAUAUUGCAUGUUAGCUGUAACAAGCGGAGAGUUGCACCUAUUGCUGCACUUCUGUCUGCUGUCUUGCAUUCUUCUGUGUUCAAUGAUGAGGGCAUGCAUGUGACUGACAAUGGACCUGGGCCUCUGAAGUGGUUUGUUGAAAAAAUUCUAGAGGAAGGUGCAAAAAGUCCCCGGACUAUUCGUCUUGCAGCAUUACAUUUAUCAGGGCUGUGGCUAUCAAAUCCUCAGACAAUAAAGUACUACAUGAAAGAGUUGAAGCUGCUAACGCUGUAUGGCUCUGUUGCAUUCGAUGAGGAUUUUGAAGCUGAAUUAGCUGAAAAUCAUGAUGCAAGGAAUGAAGUAUCAUUACUAGCUAAAAGCCCAGACCCUGAGCUGACUGAAAUAUUUAUCAACACAGAGUUGUAUGCACGUGUAUCUGUUGCUGUUCUGUUCUGCAAGCUUGCUGACUUGGCCGACAUGGUGGGACCGAUAAAUGAAAAUGAUGAUUGCCAUGCUGCCAUUGAAUCUGGAAAAUUGUUUCUGCUAGAGCUUCUUGAUUCUGUGGUAAAUGACACAGAUCUCUCAAAGGAGUUGUAUAAAAAGUACAGCAGGAUCCAUAGGCACAAAAUUCGUGCUUGGCAAAUGAUUUGUGUUUUGUCAAGAUUCAUUCACCAAGAUAUAGUUCAGAGAGUUUCAUGUUUCUUGCACAUUUCCCUCUAUAGAAACAACUUGCCUUCUGUUCGUCAAUACUUAGAAACAUUUGCAAUUCAUAUAUACUUGAAGUUUCCGUCACUGGUUGUGGACCAGUUAGUUCCUAUAUUACAAGAUUAUGAUAUGAGGCCUCAGGCACUCUCUUCAUAUGUAUUUAUAGCAGCAAAUGUCAUCCUCAAUGCACCUGAAGCGGUUCGGUUUAGGCACUUGGAUGAACUACUUCCUCCUAUAAUUCCAUUAUUAACUUCACAUCACCACAGUUUACGUGGAUUUACCCAGUUACUAGUAUAUCAAAUUUUUUGCAAAUUGUUUCCCGUGGAUUCUGGUGUAUCCGAAAUCUUGUCCUUAGAGAAAAGAUGCUUCAAGGAUCUGAAAUCGUACUUGGAGAAGAACACUGACUGUAUUCGAUUACGAAAGUCAAUGGCAGGAUUUCUUGAUGCAUUUGAUCCUAACAACUCUGUCACUCCAAGUGGAAUCUUCACUGAUCGAGUUGAGGAACUUGAGUUUGAAUGCGUCCCUACAUCCCUGAUGGAGCAAGUAGUCACCUUUCUGAAUGAUGUUCGGGAAGAUCUGAGAUGUGCGAUGGCAAAGGAUAUGGUAACCAUCAAGAAUGAGAGGUUGUGUGUUGAUGAAGAUUCUAAUUGCACAGAAAUAUCUCUGGAUACCAACAAAGAAAAGUUGCUUACCUUGAUGCCUAAAGAUAUAUCAGUGGAUUUUCAGAAAAAAAUUACUCUUGGUAAACAUGAGAGGCAGGAUACCAGCUCCAGGUCCUUCUUGGACAGCAACGAAACUUGCAAACCUCUUCUGGGAAUAGAAAAGGAGGAUCAGCUUCUUGAUCAGUUGUUGCAGUCAAGAAGUGUGGCCAUGGAAAGGAUUAGAUCAAGUCAACAACAUUUUAUCCUUGUAGCAUCACUAAUUGAUCGCAUUCCUAACCUUGCUGGAUUGGCACGGACAUGUGAGGUUUUUAAAGCAGCAGGUUUAGCCAUUGCGGAUACAAAUAUACUACAUGACAAACAGUUCCAACUAAUCAGUGUGACAGCCGAGAAGUGGGUUCCCAUUGUAGAAGUUCCAGUGAGCAGUGUGAAAGUUUUCUUAGAGAAAAAGAAACAAGAAGGCUUCUCUAUCUUGGGUUUGGAGCAAACCGCAAAUAGUGUUCCCCUUGACAAGUAUAUCUUUCCCAAAAAGAUUGUCCUAGUUCUUGGGCGUGAAAAGGAGGGUAUUCCUGUGGAUAUAAUUCACAUUCUGGAUGCUUGUAUUGAGAUCCCACAGCUGGGCGUUGUUAGGUCACUCAACGUUCAUGUCAGUGGUGCUAUUGCUCUGUGGGAGUAUACUCGACAGCAAAGAUGCCAAUAGCCCCUCAUUCUCAACAUCAUUGUCUUCUGACCAAUCAUGAAAGAACCAUGCAUAAACCCAAUUCCUUAGCUUUAUACUGACAAUGAAUCACCAGCCAGCGACUUGACUGCCAAUGUGUUUCUUUUAUAUAUAAUUUGUUUUGUAUGAAUCUCCAGAAAGAGGUUCUCUCUCAUUCUUGACCACCCUUAUUUUUUCAAGACCAUUGGAAUGUAAAUUGAGGAAGGAUUAGAUAUUGGUCAUGUAACAUUGAUUAAAUUCCUUUUUCACCCAUUUGAAAUAUGUGUUUUACCAAUUCAAGCAAUUCAAUGUGUAACAUUCAA